GCUGGGGCCCUAUAUCCGGUGUCCGCCCGCCCUCGGUUCCGCCGCCACAGCCGCUGCCGCGAUGCUGUCCCGGUCCCGCUGCGUGUCCCGGGCAUUCAGCCGCUCGCUGUCCGCCUUCCAGAAGGGGAACUGCCCUCUAGGGAGACGUUCCCUGCCUGGGGUCUCCUUAUGUCAGGGACCAGGUUACCCUGACAGCAGGAAGAUUGUCGUUAACAAUAGUAUUGUCUCCAGCAUUCGCUUCUUCAGAACUACAGCUGUAUGCAAGGAUGAUGUGAUUACAGUCAAAACCCCAGCGUUUGCAGAAUCUGUCACAGAAGGGGAUGUCAGGUGGGAGAAAGCUGUUGGAGACACAGUUGCAGAAGAUGAAGUGGUCUGUGAGAUUGAAACUGACAAGACGUCGGUGCAGGUUCCAUCACCGGCAAACGGUGUUAUUGAAGCUCUUUUGGUACCCGAUGGGGGAAAAGUAGAAGGAGGCACUCCUCUUUUUACACUCAGGAAAACUGGCGCUGCUCCUGCUAAGGCCGCGCCAGCCGAAGCCCCCGCUGCUGCAGCCCCAAAGGCCGAACCUGUAGCCUCAGCGGUUCCCCCUCCCCCUGCAGCAUCCAUACCCACUCAGAUGCCGCCGGUGCCCUCGCCCUUACAGCCUCCUGCCAGCAAACCGGUGUCUGCAAUAAAACCCACUGCUGCUCGUCCGGUAGCCGAGCCAGGAGCUGGUAAAGGUCUGCGUUCAGAACAUAGGGAGAAAAUGAACAGGAUGCGGCAACGCAUUGCUCAGCGUCUGAAGGAAGCCCAAAACACAUGUGCAAUGCUGACAACUUUCAAUGAAAUUGACAUGAGUAACAUCCAGGAAAUGCGGGCCCGGCACAAAGAUGCUUUUCUGAAGAAACAUAACCUCAAAUUGGGCUUCAUGUCGGCGUUUGUGAAGGCCUCGGCCUUCGCCUUGCAGGAACAGCCCAUUGUAAACGCAGUGAUUGACGAUACAACCAAAGAGGUGGUGUAUAGAGAUUAUAUUGACAUCAGUGUUGCGGUGGCGACGCCACGGGGUCUGGUGGUUCCCGUCAUCAGGAACGUGGAAACUAUGAAUUAUGCAGAUAUUGAGCGAACUAUCAGUGAACUGGGAGAGAAGGCCCGAAAGAAUGAACUCGCCAUUGAAGAUAUGGAUGGUGGUACUUUCACCAUUAGCAAUGGAGGCGUUUUUGGCUCCCUUUUUGGAACACCCAUUAUCAACCCCCCUCAAUCUGCCAUCCUGGGAAUGCAUGCGAUCUUUGAUAGGCCAGUGGCCGUGGGAGGCAAGGUGGAGGUGCGGCCCAUGAUGUUCGUGGCAUUGACCUAUGAUCAUCGACUAAUCGACGGCAGAGAGGCUGUGACUUUCCUUCGCAAAAUCAAGGCAGCGGUAGAGGAUCCCAGAAUCCUCCUACUGGACCUUUAGGAGGAAGUCACAUACCCAGUACAUUGACCACGCAGGAACUGAAAACCAGUCUUCUCCCUACCCCCACGUGGGUCCCGGGUUAGCCUGCUGACAGACAGGCACAUGCUGUUGGCCUCAAGCAAGAAAGCCAGGGCACUAUGUAACCAGCAGUCGCAGGUCUUUUCUUGGUGUUCUAGCAGGCUCUCUCCCUCCCUGCACCCCUCUCUUAACACUCGAAUAUCUUACUUCCUUAGGCUUGAGGGAGAGAGAGAGCCUUAACGGAUGCUCAUUAAUAUGCCUGCCUUUCUUCCAUUAGCCCUCUGCAGAGAUAAUUUUGCUUCUCCCCUGUGCCAGUAUAUAUACUAUAGGGAAACCACUGGGGACCAUGUGAUUAAGUUUCAAUCAUUUGAAAGUGUAUUCUCCCAGAGCUGCCUAGGGGAGUGCUGUGCCUCCCCAGCUCAGAGCAGCCCCUGUCCUGGCUGUGCAAUCUCACCUGAUUCCACCUGUGUGGAGGUAUUGACCACCGGCCAAGAGGUGCUGCUUUGCUGCUUAAAUGCACCUUCAUUCUCAGCCGUCAUAGACUUCAAGAUGCCUCUUCUACCUCUUCCAGGAAGCACAGGCCAGGGGACCUGCAGUGUUGGCAGUGUGGAGGGGGCAAGGGCAGCUUCCCCCUGAGAUCAUAAGCUGUAAACACGGGAACAGAACCUAGGCCUGCCCUCACACUUUGCCGUAGCCUCACACCAGGAAGACCCACUCUGGUACAGUCACGCACAGCUGUGGUUGUGCCAACCUUUCUGGGUUGCUAGGAACCAUUCUAGCACAUUGUUCUCAUUUAGGGUAGAUUCUAGCACAUCAUGGCGAUGGAGGGUGGACUGGAGCCUGGUAGCGACUGGAGUGAUGGAGGCUCCCUGUGGACUGGCUCAGGUUGCCUUGAGCUUUUAAAUUCCAUUGGUAGAAGCACGUGGACUGAAGAGGCUGUUUGUUUCUUCCUGUAUCGUGGCCCUUAGGGAGUGGGGCCUUAGCUCUUCCUCUGCAGAAUGUGGGUCUGGGGGAGGACAGACUGGUGGAAACCAGCCCCAAGAUGCUAGUACACAGGGAAAAUGACUGAUGUUACCUCUGAGUACUACCCACUGGGUCUGGAUGCAAUCACUGGAAAGCGUGGAACAUGGUUAAAUGCACAUGUCUUGUCGUGAAAGCCACCAGGCUUCAUUGCUUUGAAUCCAACUGCAUUCAGGCCGGAGGCCACUGACGCGACACCAGGGCCAUUGUAGUGCAGAGUGCCCGUUUGUAUCUUGAGCAAAGAAGCAAGCCUGGGGGAUGGGGUGGAGGGAAGGGAGGGAGCCAGUACUGAGUGCCUGCAGCAUCUACAAUGUCUUCACUAUUGAGAACUUGUAACUGAAAUAUUUAAAGAAACUGAUUUUAAAUGCAAAUUAAAGGGCAAAUGUUCUCAAACAGGGUUCCUGCUGUU